AUGACUUCUGUGGCCUCUCAAAAUCCUUUUGACCUCCUCGAGGAUGACGCCGAGGAAGUCGACAUUAUCGUUGAAGGAAACCGACAAGAGACAACAUCAACAUCGACAACGACCGAGCCUCCCGUUAUAAAACCAAAAGUUGAUAGGUCUCGUGCAAGCCGUACAGAAGCUAGAAUUCGUCACGAGUACCCGCAGCGCGGAGGCUUUAAGAACGCGCCGUCACCAAGGAAUAAUAACAAUAUCAACAAUAAUAACGACACAAGAAAUGAAGAACCUAGAUCUGCGCCUCGUGACCGCAAUGUCGGCCCUCGUUUAGCAGGUCGUCGUGAUCGUGAAGAAGGUGGAAAUGAGUUCCCAUCAAGAACUUCUCGUGGUGCUCGGGCUGGAGAGCUGGUACUGGAAGAAAGUUAUGACAGUGAAAAAAAGGAAUCCCAAGGCUGGGGUAAUGCAACUAACCCCUACGCUGAGGGUGGUGCUGAAAGUGAAGUCUGGAAUGCUAACGAACAAGAUAAUACGCAAAAAAGCGGUGAGCGCGGCUGGAGUGAUAACGCCAAAGAUGAGCAGACAAAUGCGACUGGUGGUGAGGAUAAUGCCGGGGGCGGUUCUGAAUGGAAUACAGAAACUCCUGCUGAAGGAGGAACCUGGGCUGCAAAUGAUGAAACCGGAGAAGCGACAACCCAAAAUUGGAAUGUUGAUAAAGAAACAAAUCAGGAAAAUUCAGGAGCUAUUACCGGUGACCUCUCAGAAGCUCCGCCUGCAGCUGAAGAAGUUGUCAAGACGUUAGAUGAAUAUUUAGCUGAGAAAAAACAAAAAGCGAGUAGUAUUGCGCUUCCUGAAAUUAGAAAACCGAAUGAAGGUAUUGAUGACCCUAAGUGGAAGGACGCUGUUCCACUUCAAAAAGAGGAAGAAGAUGAUUUCUUGUUUGUUGGAAAGGAACAAUCUAUCAAGCUUAAGUCUAAGAAAUCGUUAAAAACCAAAAACUUCCUCGAUAUUGACCAAACCUUUGUUGAGAAACCGGGUGGAGGUUGCCACGAUAGUGCUACCACUGAUACUGAUACACAUGAUCGUGAUGACUACAAAGUAUAUAAUUUACCAAAUAGCUAUUCAACGAACCCGGAUUUUUCAUAUCCGGCGGAACUUCAAUAA